AUGUUGAGAACUGGCGAUCUUUUGGGAUUUUCUUUAGAUAUAGCACGUGGCUGUCAACAUCUAGAAGAAACGCGAUUUGUUCACAGAGAUAUUGCAGCAAGAAAUUGUUUACUUACAUCUAAAGUGGGCAAUAGAAUUGUUAAGAUCGCGGAUUUUGGAAUGGCUAGGGAUAUUUACAGGUUUUUAUCGAAUUUAAUAGAGAUUCAUUUAAUUGAUGGGUUGUUCACUUCAAAAACUGAUGUUUGGGCUUAUGGAGUUUUGCUAUGGGAAAUCUUUUCGCUUGGUUACAUUCCAUAUCCAGGACGUGAUAAUUUAGAGGUAAUGAGGCUUGUCGUUGCUGGUGAUCGGCUUGAUCCCCCAAUCGGUAUUCAAGAUGAGAUUUAUGAGCUGAUGCUCCGCUGUUGGAAUACAGAGUCUGAGCAGCGUCCAAAAUUCGCAGAUUUGGUCUGCAAAUUUGAGAAUUUACUUAAAGUAUGUUUAAAAGUUUCAAACAAUUUCAUAAGGAAAUAA